AUGUUAUCGCGAUUCAUACGAGCAGGAAAAGGUAGACUACUCCUGCACAGGGGCUACACAUUUCGACUGAAAAACAACUUGGCUCAUGGAAGGAAACAGUGGUACUGUUCAUCGAGGCUGACCUCGCGCUGUUUGGCGGACGUCAAUACAGAGGGCCCAGAAGGUUUCGAGCGCAUCGUCCGUUCCCGUUACUCACAUAAUCACGCACCACCGAACGUCCGACGUUUCGCAGACGGCCGAUACGUAGUCCGCACCCCUCAUCAGAGCGGGCACCGCGCGGCCGCCCCCCCUUACGACCCCCACUCCCAGCUCUUACAGCUGCAGCAGGCGCUAGCUCUCUACGCCUCGACGGCGUACGCCACGGCGACGGCCAGUGCGACGGCGGCCGUCAACGCCGCGACGGGGGGCAACGGCCAGCAAUCCUCCCCAAACGCAAUAACGGGGUCUUCGCAGCACACCCCCGCCGCUAAACCUCUCCUCGUCGACACUCCGAUAAAGGAGGAAAAUUAA